AUGAAUGCUGCAUCGCUAUUUGGCAGCGCCAACCAGCUGUAUGUCAAGGAGGAAUACGAGGAGGCUCUGAAGCACUACACCUGUGCGGUAACACUACAGGACUGCGCAGAGUACCGCGUGUGCCGCGCAGCCGCGUACCUCAGACUGGGGAAGUUCGAGGAGACGCUCGAUGACGCCAAGGAGGCGCUCGCGCUGGACCCGAAGAACCACGUGGCGCUCCACUGGCGGGGCGUGGCCCUCUUCUACAUCCGGUACGCCAGCGCCAAGCUGGCGUUCGAGGAGUCCCUCCAGUUGGCCCCGGCCGCCAAAGCCCCCCGGGCGUUGUGGAUCCGCAAGUGCGACGCCGAGCUCAGCGGCUCCACGCUGCCGCUCGGCGGCCUCGUCGCCGAGCUCUCCAAGGCCGCGCCGGCGGCGGCGGCCUCGGCCAGCGCGCCGCCGAAGGCCGCGGCGGCGGCGCCGCCUGCGCCGGUCUCCACCGUGGCGCAGGCGCGCCAGGCCGCCGGCGAGCCCGCGGCCGCGGGCCGCAGGCCCGUGAGGCGGGAGUGGUACCAGAACAACUCGCACGUCUUCAUCACCCUCUUUGCAAAGGGCGUGCCGCAGGCCGACUGCGAGGUCGACUUCCGGGAGCGGGAGCUGUCCAUAUCGUUCCCCGUGCCGAGCUCCGCUGGCGACACGUAG